AUGCCAACUACAAUCGAAAGUUUCUCCGCUGAAUUAUGGUGCGAAGUUUUCGAAUUCUUCGAUGCUGUAGUACUCUAUCUCACAUUUGGUAACCUCAAUUCACGAAUCACAUCCAUACUUUCACAAUGUACACCAUUGUACCUCAAUGUCGUAACAAUCAAAGAUUACGAUAUGGCUUUGGAGACUAUUCUUCCCGAUGUGGAAUAUUCCGCUAAUAUUAAAUCAAUAAGCUUCGCUCAAGAAUUUCAAUUUGAAGAUUUCUUUGCUCGAUGUUCAUGUUACACGUUACAACAACUGCGUUGCCUUUCGUUAUUCUAUUUAGGCGACAUGGGAUGCGAUUGCACAAUGGAAUUCUUAGACGAACUUGCACAGCUGCCUUCAUUUGAAUCUUUACGUCUCCGGGUGGGACAUAUGUCAUACUCGGAUCGACAUCUACGACGAUUACUCCAGUUGAUAUUUACUGAACAGCAAGCUUUUCUUUCUCUUAAACAGUUUGUUUUAAAAUGUAGUAAUCCUCGCGAACGUAUCUCCAUACCGACGACAACGAUGGUGAAACAAACAAGCUUGAAGUCACUAAUCCUUCCAUCGCUUUACGUAGAAAAUUGUCUGGAGAUUUUACCAUCAAUACCACAUAUUAAAUCAAUGAAGAUCGAUCGAAUAUGUUACGAGUCUCAUGUAGUACAAUUCUCCGUGUUUCCAUGCAUAAUUUCAUGUAGCUGUACACACUUAGACUUGAACGUAGAACAUUAUACAAACUGGACCGAUAUAGAAUAUUUAUUAGAACGAUUCCCCAACUUACUGCAACUAAGAAUCACAUGUGAUUUUAUACUAUCGAAUGCUCAACAAUGGGAAGCCUUGCUGCAGAAACAAUGUUCUCGUAUACGAAAAUUUCACAUAAAUUUUAUUCGCACGUAUAUCGUUGGUAAUGCAGUUACAUAUCAAGAUCUGCAGAAGUCUUUUUCGACAUAUUUCUGGUUAGAUCGAAACGUUGAAAUUGUUCAAGAUAUCGAAAAUUGUCGUCUCAUCGUUCAAUUUUUAAAAUAA